AGGACAUCGACUACCUGCCAGAGGCGGGGGUGGACUACUCGGACUGCAAAGUGCCCAUGCAGCUCAGCUCGGAGAUCGACCGCUUCAACGGCAAGGUGCCGUACCUGGAGAGCGCGGGCGGGAUCGUCGGCAUGAGCCCGGAGCACUGGCGCAAGAUCAAUGGCUUCGGCAACAACUAUUUUGGUUGGGGGGGCGAGGACGACGAGCUCUUCCAUCGCUUGAGGAUAAACAGCCUCCUGCGCGGCGACUGCUACCCUUUCUGCACGGCAGGGGACAAGAGGCAGGGCAAGCCGGGGUACUCCAUCAAGCGCCCGAGUAAGGGCCACGGGGUGUUCAGCGGGAAGUACAUGCACAGCGCGAACCACACCAAGAGGAUAACCGACAGCAAGGCCUACGAGCGGAACCUCAAGCAGCUGGAGGAGAUCCGCAGGGACCACCCGCGGUGGAGGGCUGACGGUCUGCAGGAUCUUGCUUUCCGCAUCCUGUCCACCUCCGUGGACACCACGGACUCCGCAACCCACGCGUCACCUACCACCACAUCAAGGCCCGCCGCGGCCGCGCCGCCUUCGACCUGCGAGGCGUCCUCCUCGCGGUGCCAGCCGACCUCUGCUCACCGCGGGGCGGCGGCGCGUGGGAGCUCCAGAAGGCUCGGCGACGCGACCCCCUGGGACGUCGCCUCGCUCCGCCAGCGCGCGGCGCAGCCCGCGCGCCUGUGGGACUGCCCCGGGGCCGCCGGUGCCAGCUUCCUGCUGCUGGAUCGGCGGCGGGGCCUGGCGAAGGUGCUCGCGGACGCCUCUCCGAGGCUGCUGGUCGUGUUCUUCAGGUCCCUGGUCGACCCCGCGGCGGACGGGCUCAUCAUAGCGGACCCGCGGCCAGUCGGCGAUCUCCUGCGGGCCUUCGAGGAGGCCGCCGCGCUGUUCCGGCCCGCGGUGGCGUACAGCUUCUGCACCGCCAGGGUGAAGACCGGGGGGCUGAAGUACGGCGUGUACCAGAGCGCCGCUUGCGGCGGCGACGGCUGGGACAGCGUGGAUCGGGCCAGCUGGCUCGCUUUCGCGACGCCCCGGCCGGGGCUGAUCCCGGUCACCUGGUGCGUCAACGAGAAGUGCCCAGAGGAUUCGGGGAUCGAGGUUCCAGGUUUUGCGCGGCUGUUGGCCCCUGCUCGGGCUCCUGUGGGCCUCCCGAGGCCUCCCGAGACGCCCGGGGGAGGUACUGGACCCAGCACAUCGUGCAGGCCGAGCGAUGCCCUGAGAGGUGGCAGGACCUGGACUGGAAGUACGGGGGCACCUUCUGGGCCCGCGCAGGCGAGCGGUUCUGCGUGGGCGUGCGCCAGGCAAUCCCGGAGCUCUCGUUCUCGAAGCUGGGCAUUGCCAGCAGCUGCGCCGGCAGCGGCGGCUUCAGCCACGCCUUCGGCUUCGACGGGGUGCGCGAGGAGACAUCGCUGGUGCCGGUCAGCGUGUGCCUCGGCCGCGGCGCCAAGAAUCGAAGCCGGGUGUCGUUGAACAACAACUGCGGCGAGGACGGGUUCGAGCACACGGGCAGCUUCGCGGCGCGCGUCGGCGCCCGCGCGCUGGGCUCCGACGAGGUGUUCUGCGUGGCGUCGGGCGCAAGCGGGGACGCCAUCUUCCCAGCCGGCGGCUGCGGCGAGCAGUGGCGGUUCGAUUUCGCGCUGCCGCCCGCGGCGCCGGCAGACGCCGAGCUGCCGCGGGAGCCCGCCAGCGCCCAGGGGAUCACCGUCUGCGCUGCGCCCCACGGGCCCGCCUUUGUGAGCGGCGGCGGCGGGGACUGCGAGGGCGGGCUGCUCCUGCGGACGCCAUCGGCGGCGGCGCUGGCCGCUUCCGUGCCUCGCGGACGCGGCGGCGGCGAGGGGCCCUUGUUCGUGCUGGUGGAGGAGGCGGCGCCCUGUGCCAGCUUCCUGUGCCCCGGGGUGCUGCAGUCCAGGGCGUGAGCGGCCCGCCGCGGCCAGAAACAUGCGCGCGCCCUCGCGGCCGCCGCCGAGGGCGCGGGGCGCGCCCCGCCUCCUUCCGCCCUCGCCCGCGCCAGCCGGGCCCCUCUCGUGCUCCUCCUCCUUCUCCUCCUCCUCCUCCU